ACAUUUGGUAUCAAAGCUAAGUGUUGAACAUCCCCAAGGGCCACUCACCAGCACUCCCUUCCCUCUUUCCUAAAAACCCCCAAAGCCAAACUAAACGACCUUCCUUACCUUUUCCCACUUCAACCAUGUCGAAUGAAUCCCGAACUAUGUCCCAUGAAGAGCUCAUUGCCUCAAAUACAGCCUUGAAAGCCCAAGUAGAGUACUUGGCUAAAGAGGUAGCCAAGCUUACGAAGAUGAAACUCAACGAGCUCCAAGGAAGUGACCGUGAAGAAGACGUUAGUUCUAGUGGAACCAUGAAGCCUAAAGCCAAUGAAGGUUCUGACUUCAAAGUUGACAUUCCAGCUUUUGAAGGGAAGAACGACCCGGACGAGUUCCUCGAGUGGCUAGAAACAGUGGAACGCGUCUUUGACUUCAAAGAUGUUUCCGACGAAAAGAAGGUCAAGAUAGUGGCCUUAAAGUUCCAGAAGUAUGCAUCAACUUGCUGGACUAAUACCUGCACCAAGAGAAGAAGAAACGACAAGGAACCGGUGUCCACGUGGAUAAAGAUGAGGUCCCUUCUAAAGAAGAAGUUUUUACCCGCCGAAUAUGUUCGUGAGAAUUUUGCUAAGCUUCAAACGCUUAGGCAAGGUUCUAAGUCCGUUGAAGAAUACAACCGGGAGUUUGAAGAGCUCUUGCUGAGGUGUGACUUGCAAGAAGAUGACGAACAAACCUUUGUUCGUUACCUAUUCGGCUUAAACCUACAAAUAGCCAACACGGUGGAGUUGCAAAGUUACGACUCUCUUGAAGAACUCACGAAGUUGGCCCUCAAAGUUGAAGCUCAACAUAUGAAAUCCAAAGCCCUUUUUUCCAAAAAUAACACCCCUUCCCCACGGCCCUACUCCUCCACAUCCAAACCACCUUACCCUUCACCAAAAUUACCUUACACUACCCCCAAAAACCCCACUACUGCCCACGGCCCAAACCCCUCCUCCUCCUCCCCAUCUACCUCAAGGAAUCCCUCCUCCUCUUUCACACCCCGGACUGAU